AUGAGUGAACUAGACAUUGAGGAACCAAUUAAAUUCCUCAAUAUUCAACUACAUUUUUCAAAUCAUCAAACAACCCCAGUCAUCACCAAUGGAUCACCCAAGCGCUUGUGCGUCCCCCGUAGGACCUGUCGCUCUCCCGAGGUUUUCCGGGCCCAGGAGGCCCAUCAUCAACCACAACAACAGCCAUCACAAGGAUGCGGGACAUCUGUAGAGCCUGCGUCACAUCUACAACCCUACAAUGCUCACCUGACCAGUGAACAAUUAAGGAAAAUCCACCAGGAACCCAACGCGUGGAUGGCUCGCAUACCAGACGACAGGCCGGUCAACCACCUCAGCAUACCCGGUACCCACGACUCUUGCGCCCGGUCCCAGGUCAUCUACGUCCAGACGCAGACGCAAACCGUGGCGGAGCAGCUGCUUGCGGGCGUGCGCGCACUCGACCUGCGACUGCGCCGCCACCGCAACGGCCAGCUCUUCUGCUACCACGGCGGCGUGCCCCUCGGCUCCUUUGGCAGGCAGCUGGCCCUCUCCACCGUCAUGGCUGACGUCUGGACCUUUAUGAUCAGGACCGGCUUCACCGAGACGGUGCUCGUGUCCAUCGACAACGACGACUCCGCGGAUCGCGGGUCCGCAGAAGGUCGACAUGCCUUUUACGAGGCCGUUGACGACUUCAUCAGGCAGACUCCGCGCUGGGGCAAGGGCGAGGGUGGGAGGGCCGGAGUAGGUGGCGGAGAGGGCUCCUCGCGUUGGUAUUUGGCCUCGCAGACACCGACCUUAGGGCAGGUUCGUGGCAAGGUUAUCUUGCUGCGUCGUUUUCCUGCCGAAAAAGGACAUAGCACAUCCCCACUUGCUGUCCAGGGCGAUAGCAGCAGUGAGGACAUCGAUACAACCGAGGGGAUCGGAUUCGACCUCUCGGCUUGGGUCAACAACAGCCCCGACUUCAUAAUCCAAACACCACAUGCCGAGUUCAGGAUACAGGACAGGUGGAAAUACUCGGAAAGGAUUCACCUCGCCGACCUGGUCGAGUCAAAAAGCGACUUCGUCAAGAACCUAAUGGACCAAGCCAUCCGGCAAGAACGAGAGCGGGGGCUUCUGGUUGCAACCCAGCCCCACGAUUCGUGGUUCAUCCACUUCACCUCCGCCGUAGGCGAGCCCUUUAAGCACGGCGAGAUCGCGACGGCCAGGUCCAUAGCCGUCGGGGAUUUCGUCGGCUGGGGUAAGUGGCAGCCCGGCGUCAACAUCGCCAUCGCCCAGUUUAUCAAGCAGUACGCACCGCCUGGGCAGAGGCAGAGGUUAGGCGUGGUCUUUAUGGACUUUGCAGUCUUGCCCAAAGACGCCGGGCUGCUGGACUCCAUCAUCGCCACAAACUUUGACAGCAUUGAGGAGGCUGCCCUGGUGCUAGGCGAACGAGCUUGA